CAUUGCAUUAUGUUUUCUCCUAAAAUGUAUUCAUUGGUCUUAGAGUUACCUGGUGUGGUUCAAGUCAUUCCUAAUCGCCUUUACAAGCUGCAAACAACUAGGAGCUGGGAUUACCUUGGCCUCUCGUCACAUUCUCCCUCGAAUCUUCUGCAUAGAACUGAAAUGGGCGAUGGUGUCGUACUUGGUCUCCUUGACACAGGGAUAUGGCCGGAAUCUGAAGUUUUCAGCGAUGAAGGCCUGGGGCCAAUCCCCUCCAGAUGGAAGGGUUUUUGUGAGUCAGGGGAGCUCUUCAACGCAGCAAAGAACUGUAACAGGAAACUAAUAGGAGCUCGUCACUUCAUCAAGGGUUUCCAAGCCGAGUAUGGGCGGCCAUACAAUACUACUGAAGAGCAGGAGUACAUGUCCUCCAGAGAUUCAAUUGGACAUGGCACACACACAUCUACCAUUGCAGGUGGCUCUUUUGUGACCAAUGUGAGCUAUAAUGGACUCGGUCUUGGCACAGUUAGGGGUGGUGCACCCCGGGCUCGGCUGGCUAUGUAUAAAGUGUGCUGGAAUUUGGAUGGUGGAGUAUGUGCAUCUGCAGAUAUAUUGAAAGCCUUUGAUGAAGCCAUACACGAUGGAGUUGAUGUUUUAUCACUGUCCAUUAGCUCAGAUUUACCCUCGUUCUCUGAAAUUGACAGCCGUGAUGCAAUUUCUUUUGGUUCAUUUCAUGCUGUUGCAAAUGGGAUAACCGUUGUUUGUGCAGCUGGAAAUUCAGGGCCAGGUGCUCAAACAGUACAGAACACAGCACCAUGGAUUUUAACUGUUGGAGCCAGCACAGUUGACCGGUCAUUUCCUACACCCAUCACACUUGGAAACAACCAAACAUUCAUGGGUCGAGCCAUGUUUACAGGAAAUGAUACUGGCUUCAUCAGCUUGAUGUACCCAGAGGUCUCUGAUCUUGCAAUGCCUCGUUAUUGUGAAUCCCUUUCACCAAAUGACACUUCAAUGGCUGGAAAUGUGGUGCUCUGCUUCACUUUGGACAUCAACCAGAAUUUUGUGGAGAUCGCUGAAUGGGCAGUCCAAGGGGCUGGUGGUAUGGGGAUAAUCGUUGCUAAGAAUCCCAGUAACAUUCUAUAUUCAUCCAGCGUUGACUUUCCAUGUGUUCAAGUAAGCUACGAACUUGGUACUCAGAUACUAUAUUACAUCCGUUCAACCAGGUAUCCACAGGUGAGGCUAAGACCCUCCAAAACACAUGUCGGUAAACCUGUGUCAACCAAUGUGGCAUACUUCUCAUCUCGAGGUCCCAGUUCAGUUGCCCCUGCAGUGCUUAAGCCAGACGUAGCAGCUCCAGGAGUCAAAAUAUUGGCAGCAGUUCCUCCUUUUGAUCCAACCAUGAAUAAUGCAUUUGAUUUUCUAUCUGGAACAUCCAUGGCAACCCCUCAUGUCUCAGGCAUUGUUGCGCUUCUCAAAUCCUUGCACCCAGAUUGGUCUCCAGCAGCUAUCAAGUCAGCAAUUGUCACAACAGCAUGGACGACCGAUCCUUGGAGAGAACCAAUUUUUGCAGAGGGAGACCCGAUAAAGCUUGCUGAUCCAUUUGAUUUUGGAGGUGGAAUCGUGAACCCUAACAGAGCACAGGAUCCUGGUCUUAUAUAUGACAUGGGCAUAGCAGAUUACAUUCACUAUCUCUGUGCCAUGAAGUAUGAUGAUACUUCCAUAGCUCGGCUUACACAACAAGCCACAUUCUGCCCCAGCAGAGUACCCUCAAUUCUAGAUGUGAACCUUCCUUCUGUAACCAUACCAAGCCUCAAAGACUCGAUCACUCUCAGGAGAACCGUGACAAAUGUUGGAGCUGCAAAUUCCAAAUACAAAGCAGUAAUCAAGCCUCCACUGGGAAUUAUCAUAGCAAUAACACCUGAGUAUUUGAUCUUCACCUCUGAGAUCAAGACCAUCUCCUUCACCAUCACGAUUUCCACAAGUCACCAGGUCAGCACAGGGUACUGUUUUGGGAGCUUGACGUGGACUGACAGGAUGUAUGAAGUAAAAAUUCCCAUAUCAGUGAGAACUGAACUUACGAAUUUUAUGUAGAUUAUCAUUAAACACUAUCCAUAAGUAGCAUAGCAUAUCGAAUUUCUAUUUGUAGUACUACUAUAUUGAAUAUGAAUGAUGAUCAAUAUGUGAGAUCUAUGUGAAGAUUCCAAACUAAAACAAAGCAAAUAAGAAGUUUUCUCACAUACUCCAAUCUUUUC